CAAGUAUACCAUAAUGCAUUUAAGGUUUUCAUGUUUGACUUUCGUAUAAAUGGACAAGAGUUAUGUGUUGAUGCUGCCAAAGAGGACAACUCCCUAGGGAGACUUGUCAACGAUGACCAUGUGAACCCGAACUGCAAAAUGAAAUUGAACAAAGUGGAUGGAAAGCCCCAUCUUUGUCUUUUUGCACUCAAAGACAUCAGUCCCGGAGAAGAGAUAGCUUAUGACUACAGUGAUUCUGAUUGGCCAUGGAGAUGCAAGAUUUCCACUGAGGCAGAGACUCUGCAUGAAGAUGCUGCCAUGGCAUCUGAGUCCCACUAUGAUGACAUUCAACAGGUGAGUUAACCACAGCUCAAUGUUGGUAUUAGUUACAUGUUUCUUUCCAGUUAUAAACCAUGAAGACUGGAUGUGAAUGCUGAGGUUAGAUACACAGGUCCUGUGUAUCACUCUACUGGACAGCUUUAGACACUAAGAGGACUGUGUGUCAAUGCUGUUUUUCUUCUGUUAAACUGAAUGAUCAUACUCUUUAGAUAUGAAAUACUAUAAUCAGUGUCUUUCUACCUGAUUGUAAUAACUCACAACAAGAGCAAGUGAAGCAUUUGUGUACUACUCUGGAUGUUUCGUGAUUAAACUUAGUCCUUCUUCAUCCACAAGAUUUCCACUGAGGCAGAGACUCUGG